AUGGCCACCUCACCGGAUACACGAAAGACUGUUCUCAUCACUGGAGCCGGCGUCGGCGGCAUCGGCGGAGAACUUGCGAAAGAGUUUCAAGCGAAGGGCUACCGAGUAUUCGCCGCCUACCGGCGUAUCGAAACCGUCGCCCCGCUCGCCGCGCUCGGCAUCGAGACCGUCGAGCUAGACGUGACCUCGCCCCUAUCCAUCGCGGCGGCGCACGCGACCAUCUCGGCGCUCACCAACGGCAAGCUCUCCGUGCUCGUCAACAAUGCGGGACAGGGCACGCCGCGCCCCUGCACAGACCUCGACGUCGAGGGUGUCGUCAAGGAGACGUUCGACGUGAACGUCUUCGGCGUGAUGCGGGUGGUGCAGGCGUUCGUGGACCUGCUCAUCGCCGACGGCGCCGCGACCGUCGUCAACAUCGGCAGCAUCGCACCCAUCAUCCCCCUCGUCUUCGGCGGCGCGUAUAACGCCUCAAAGGCCGCUAUGCAUGCGUAUGCGGACUGCCUCAGGAUGGAGUUGAAACCGUUCAACGUCAAGGUGUUGACAAUAAUCACCGGCGGCGUCCGCUCCUCGAUCGUCAGGUCGGCAAACACACAGCUGCCAGAGAACUCGCUGUACACCCCGAUCAACGAUUACUGGCUCCAGCGGGUGGAGCUCAGCCAGGCAUGUCCCAUGGACACCGCCGUGUACGCGAAGAGCGUGGUGGCCAGGAUCAUCCGUGGUGGCAGCAAGCCGUUGUUCUGGGAUGGCUACUAUUCUUGGUCCGCUUGGGCCAUCCAGACUUUCCUCUGGAAGGGGUUCACAGAUUACUCCAUGAGUGAAGUGUUCGGAUUGAUAAAGCUGGCGAAAAUUGAGGCGGAAAAGAGAAAGCAGAAGGGCAUCAAGCGGGCGUAG